GUACCAAAACCAGACUAAGACCUCACCCACUGCACCUCUUCCUGCUCCUGCUCCUCUUCCUCCUGCUCCUCUUCCCGUUACUCCUUCUGUAACCCAUCAAGAAGCCAUUCAACCACAACCUUUCCCGAAAUAUGCUGUCUCAGUUCCUGUGUACCAGAAUCAGAGCCCUACGAAUUAUUUACAAGGACUGGACGGAAGACCCCUAAUAGCUGCUCCUGUGUUCACCAAGAUGCUGCAAAAUAUAUCGGCCUCUGAGGGUCAGCUGGUCGUGUUUGAAUGUCGGGUGAAAGGAGCUCCUUCUCCAAAAGUGGAGUGGUACAGAGAAGGGACAUUGAUAGAAGAUUCUCCAGACUUUAGAAUAUUACAAAAAAAAAUAGUUGUAGUAAUUGGGACUGCUAUUGUUCUCAAGCAUGUCAGACGUACUCGUGUCAAUAUUGUCUCCAUGUUACAGAUCAAAGUGAUAAAGCAGAAAGAAGAAUGA